UUAGAACGUUCAAUGUACCCGCUAGGAUAGGUCUGUGUCUAGCCAAUGACCUGCCUCGUGCGAAGGGAUUGGUCCUUUCUUAACCAAUGAGGUGACAUGACUAGCUGGCUAGAGAACAAUCAUUUAAAAAAUAGAUAGCCAACAUUCUCUUUGCUGCUAAACUUCUUUUAGUCAUUGGCUCGCCCUCGCUAACAAAAAACGGAUUUGAGCAUGGCACAAGGACCCGCAGGCAGAGACGCGACUCGCAGGAAAAGUAAGGAUCAGCUGGACUGGAGCACAUGCUGGAGCAACAGUCUGAAAGAGAUUGCAGGCCUCCUGCCCAUAUCUAAGCCUAGGAAUGGCCGAGGACUCACCAAGAAGGAGACUCUGGUCCACAUGCUGCGCUAUUUUGACUUUCUUCAGAGUAGGAUCCAGACCCUGCAGAGCCGCUUGCCCCCCCACUGCAUCCCCAAGCAGGAACCCGACACAGGGUCUGAGAGUGAAGAGAACACCCUCUCUGAUCCCUGCACCCCCCCUCACACUCUAAAGGCCAAGCGCAAAUAUUUUUUCAGCCGUUCCCGCAAGAGACCUGUCCCCACCUCAGAGGAGAAGGCAGAGCUUCAGGUGAACAGAAGGAGGUUGUACAAAGCUGUAGCCAAUGGAAAAAUAGUUUACCCAGAGGAGGGUGUGGCUGUCCCUAUGUGGGGUGUGCAUUCUGAUUGGUCAGAGCUCCAGUCUAGUGAUAGCCAUGGGGCGUGGCCUGUGUAUGACAGCGACUCCCAGCCGAGCUCCCUGGAUUCAGGCUUCAGCCUAAAUCAGCUGCUCCCCCUGAGCACGCCUCUGGAGGGGAGCAGUGGGACUCUGUGGACUCCAUCCCCAACAGAGAGAGGCCACUGCUUUGUUUGUAAGGACCGCACAGGCAGCGAGAGCAUCCCAUCAGGGAGCGGGGUCCUAGACACUCCAACUACUCCAAUUACUGGGCGAGGAUCACUUUUCCUGAAGGACCAAAUGCUUGGGGUAAUCCCACCCAUGCGAGGGCGAAAGGAGCCCUUCCACAGCCCUGCUGCCACGCCCCAACGCCCUACCCUGCUCCCCCUGCUGCCGCUGUUUGGGACUGGGGACAGUCUGAACCUCAGCCCCUCCCUCCUCACAUCCCCUGCCCGGGGCCUCAGCCACUGCCUGUUGCCUGAGGGCCAGGAGGAGCUCCAUGUGCUAUUCGAGGAUGUUUGGGUCACCCCUAAAACGACCCACACCAAAGUCUCCUGCCUGCCCUGCCAUGACCCCAAUGACUCAAUGUCAGAGGGUGAAGCUGAAGUCAAGCAUGGCAGAGGAGGGUGGCUGUCCUCCCUGAGUGAGGGGGAGGAAGGGGACGUCACCUGGACCCCCAAGCAACAGCAAGUCCCUCUGAAGUCAAAGACCAGUAGCACAGGACGGCACCGCAGAGCCAAUGCCUCCACCAAGGGCCCCCCUCGCACCCCUCUUAACCUGAAGAAGAAGUGUGUCAACGGCUUCAUAAUGUUCUGCCGCAUCAACAGGAAGACCUACCUCCGUACCCACCCUGGCACCCCGUCUACCGUGGUUACCAAGGAGCUGGCCAGCCUGUGGCACGUCAUGCCCAAGCAAGAGAGGCACGUCUACUGUCUGAAGGCUCGCCACUUCAGCCGCCAGCAGAACCGUAACGUGAGGAGUGAGUUGGUGGAGGGAGGCAGGGAGGAAGAGGACUGUGUACCCAGCCCCCUCCACAUGCUGCUGGCCCAGAGAGACCUGUGUGCUGCAGCCAGAGGAGGCCCCUAGAGUAGCUACCUCCACACACACUGACUCUUCACUGACCAUAUGCAUCUAGCAUUGGAUGUCCAUAUUUAUACUGUAUCUGUCCAUAUUCAAACCAACAAUAUUGUUUAUUUAAGAAACACCGUAUGAGUUAAUUAUGAAGUUCUUUGGAGUUUAAAUAAUAUUCUCAAACGCAGACACUUAAUCUCUGUCUAGCACAGUGGUUCUCAAAUUAUAUACGUUUUUUAAAGGAAGUCAGUCCAACUUUAAACGGACUCUUGAAGUUGUAAUAGUAGAAUUAGGUACUGAAAUGAGGUAGUGAAUCAUCAGUUCCUCUUGUCAUGUCAGUCAUUGCAUACCUUAUAGAGCUAUUUAUAACUUGUCAAAUGUCCAGAUCAGCUUGCCCAUGUCAGCUAACGUUUUUUUAUUUAGGUUUUUU